AUGGCUGAUAAGCGCCACCCGUGCGACCGUGAUUCUGAGCGUUUAGUCUGUAAAAGGGGUGGCUCGAUUAUCAAUUGUGGUAUCGAUUCCGGAGUUCGUGAUCCCAAUUGUACGAAGAAUGGUAGUUUGCCGACGGAUGACCUUGAACGAAUACGUAACAGUGCCCAUUAUCAAAGAGCAAUGGAAAUUAAAAAUGAACAAAAGUUCAAAACAGACAAAGUGGGUAAUGGUGAUUAUGCUGCUACACUCAAAAAGGAGGAAGUGAUGAAUUGA